UCUAACCCAGUUGUCUUAAAUGGAGGCUAGAUUUUAUGAAAAACAUGAUGUCGUUGAACAAUUUGAAGAAGGCAUGUUCGAAUAUCCAGAUAUUAUAAGAAAAUAUGCAAUUGAUUGUUUGGUUCAACUCGACCCAGACAAGAUGCGUGAUCGACGUUACGACCUGAUGCUGGACGCGGGUUGUGGUAACGGUGGUCAUACAAGCAUGUUUGCUAAACAUUUCAAAGAAAUUAUUGGAUUUGAUAGCCAAGAACAAAUAAAUAUGGCAAACAAGAAGAAUGGUCAUGACGGCAUUCAAUAUGUUGUUGCGGAUGAGAACAGAAUGCCAGCUUCUGAAAACACAGUAGAUCUAAUAUGGAGCUUCUUUUCGAUUCAAUACAUGAAUGUUGAAACUUUUGUAACAGAAUGUAAAAGAGUUUUAAAACCAAUGGGAUGUGCCAUAAUUGUUGGCUUUGACUUUGCUGAUAUCCACUUUUUACGUAGUGGAAUCUACGAAUGUGAUUCUGGAAUGCCAGCAUUUGCCAAAUAUCUUGAGAAAUCAUCUGAAUGGUACAAAAGUCACUUUGCAGCAGAAUAUGAGGUUUGUGAGCGUUAUACAAACGUUUUUCACAAAAUAUCAGGCAUAAAAAAGUCUAGGAAAGACGACUUGGUUGGUACCAUCACAUUGUCAUUGGAUAAGUUGAGAAAACACAUUUUGAGUGUUCCUGAGUGGAAUGAGUUUUCAAAAUGGAUGGGAAUGCAUCACGAUUGCGAUCCUUUGGAUCAGAGUAUUAAAGAAAUGAAGAAAAUGUGGAGUGUAGAAAAUAAAGAUGAUAAGGAAGUCAUCGUUCUUCUGAAGUUAUCAUUUUUUGUGCUUCAGUUUUCUAAGUGAACUUGAUUUAACAAUCAUGAGAAUUCAACUUUUCUUCGAUUACUAUUCUUCAGCAUUUUAUUUUUAUUUUGUUAAAAUAAAAUUAAUAAAGUGUUGCAUCUGCAUCUUAUCAUGUUAAACAUUUCUGCAAUGAUUUAAAUUGAAUUCACCUGACAUGAGUUUGUUACCAUUUUCACCAUCACAUAAAAACUUGGACGUCUUCCGUCAUAUUCAUUUUGUAUAUAUAUUAUAAACUUGUUUUUAGCCAACUGUCAUGUUAUUAUAAACAAAUGUUUUCAGAAUUUGUCAGAAACAA